CCAGGUCCCGGAAGCGGAAGCGCAGUGCAUUUCCGGCGCGCAGCAGGCGGCCAUGUUGGAGCGGCGGAGGCGGCGCAGAGGUGCGUCCUGGGUCCCCGCGGCGGCGCCGGUGCCCAGUGCUGGUCUGUGGCUACCCAGGCAUAGCUGCAGUGCCUAAUGCCAUGAGCAUGGUCGUGCACCAUGUGGAGGAGAAAGCUGUACACUCCUGGUCACGCAUCUCCACAGCAGGGAAGAAAGCGCUGGAAGAGGCACUGCUUGUGUUUAAUCCUAUGAGCCAGGAUCUCAGUGCCACAGAGGCCCAGCUUGUGGCUUUCCUGCAGGGCCUGCGAGAUGAUGGCUUCCAGCCGACCAUUCUGCGAAGUGGUGAUGUCUAUGGUUAUAGUUCAUGCACAGCCAACCCCCCUAGCCAGACAAAGCUUCAAGCUCGCACCACCAACCCGUCUGCCACAUCACUUCCAUCCAGGGCUCCCCAAACUGCUGUGUCGCUCCCUGCAAGCCAGGCCACACUGCUCCCGGUGCCACUGUCUGGCAGGCUGGCUAAGGGGUCCACACCAGCCCUCGCCAAGCAUGCUCGCACUAACCUGCUGCUGAGCUCCCUGAAGCAAUCAAAUGGCAGCCACACCAGUGGUACAACAGUAGGCUUCCCUUCCCACCUCUACCCAGGUGUCUACCCUGCCAUGCAUCUCUCUGUGGUCCUUGAAGCACUCGUCCCACUCAAGACUCCUUGCUUGGCUUCUAAGCACAGGGCACAGUCACUGCAGCUGUCACUUGCAAACUCUUCCCUGAAACUGAGAAAAGGUUUGGGGAAUCCACAGCCCAAAGCAUCCAGGAAAAUCACAAGCAAGGGCCUCAAAUGCGUGAGCAGGAAAGGCCCUGGGGCUGAUGGACGAGGCUCUGGGCCCUGGAGCAGUGGCCUACCCGUGAAAGGAUGCUCUGCCAUGGGCACCAAAACAGCCCGGGCCAAGGCAUCUCGAACGCUGACCAAAGCUGCUCAUGCCCACGCCAGUCUAGCUCGAACCCAGAACAAGACGGUAAGGGUCAGGGCCAAGACAACAAAGGCCAAGCCGGCCAAACCCAGGGCAGCGGGAGCCAAGGCCAAGGCUAAGGCCACUGUAGUAAGGGACAAGGCUAAAGCCAAGGUGGUCAAGACCAAGGCCAAAGCAGCUCAGACCAAGCGCAAGGCAAGGCCAGAAGGACGUGUUCAGAGCAGAGCUGGAAAAACAAGCCUGAGAAGGGGCUCUGAGGCUGUGGGGAGGAAGAGGAAGAAGACUGAGGAGCUCAAGGGCCUUCCUCCUAAGAAGAGAGCACGGCUUGUGCUCCAGUCUCCUAAGGCACGGCUGGGGCCUGGAGCAAAACCUCGAAAGGCCCAGACUAUAAAGGUGGACAGGAAGUCCUCCGAUGACGAGGUUCGGCAGUGGGCCCAGCAGAUCCUCCGUGUGAACCUCUCUCCAGUCGUGUGGCUCCAGCCAUUGCUACCUUCUUGACUCCACGCUCAGCAUCCUGAGUCGUCUGGAAGCAGUGCUUGGGAAAACAGUUGUGCUGUCCGUGUGACCAGCAUCACAGUGCUAUGCUGGUGGACUCUGCAGCUUUCCAGACUCGGGGUACCCCCAGGGCCCCUGUGGUCCCCAUGUUUUCAGAAGCUGAGGAUUUGGGGGUGGGGUGGGUAGCGGGAAGGGUGUUCUCGUGACCUGUUCUUCAAGUUGUACAUCCAAUGUUCCAUCUAUCAUGUUUUAUACCUUUGCACCUUCAGUCUCCCUGCGCACCUUCCAAGGUCUUAUUUACUGAUUGAUUUUGGCGUCUGUAGGCUGCUGGCAGGAGCCUGCCACCUGCCAGAUGUAGUCCUAGGAACAGGCUUGGAGAGAAUGACCUGGUUGCUUGAAGUAGGUCAUCAAUUUGAAUGAUAGGGAAAUAUUAUGGAAGGGCAGAUCUCCCAGGCUUCUGGAGAGAUGUGGGGAAAUUCAGGUGUAGGCUUCUGUAGAUGUGUGAGAGAGAUCCUGAGGGGCGGGGCAGAGCCACUAUGAAGUAGGGCACCUCACCUUGAGUGGCCCAGUUUUGAGCCAGAUGGGCCCCAUUCAGGAUUGUGAGGCACUCUGGGAAAUCCUGCAGCUAGCAGGUUUUUAGGCCAGGGAAAGAAGCCUUUGUGAUACUGGUCUCUAGGGGCCGAGCUUUAAGGCUCUGCUUGGGCUUGUCUAGGGGUGGGAACAGGCUGAAAAGGCUUGAGGUACUGCUACUCUGCUGAAAGUGACUAGCCUCAGUUUUCCCAAGAGGCCAGGCUUGGAAUCUGAACCACAAAGCCUGCCCUUACUGUCCAAAGACUUUUCUCUGUGGUAACUGACUGGUGGAUCCAGGAAGGCUGUUCCUCAGCAGUGUUUUUUCUGACUGGAUGCUACAUGCUCCAUCUUACUCGGGUCCAGCCUCACUGUGUCCCCUAACGUGGCCUGUGUACAUUUUUGGUACCUUCUGCUUUGGAGAAGAGGCUGGGUCCUGAGCGGAAGCAGCUGCUGCGCCCAUCUGUAGUCCACUGGUAGCCAGACUGGAAGGUAGUGGCUAGGAGGUAGGGAACCCGCAAUCCCUGCACUUGGGAGUUUGAAUAUGAGUUAUGAGGUCAGCAUCAUCUACCUAGUGAGGACACACACACACAUCUCUCUGUGUCUCUGUCUCUGUCUCUCUCUCGCGCUCUCUCUCUCUCUCUCUCUUUCCCCUGGCUCUGUCCUGGAACUCCCUUUGUAGAUCAGGCUGGCCUUGAACUCAGUGUUCUACCUGUUGGGAAUAAAGGCGUAUGCCACCAGACCAAGCCAGGGAACUGGAGAGGUGGCUUAAUGGUUAAGAGGACUUCAUUGCUCUUGCAGAGAAUCCAAGUUUUGUUCCAACAAAAAAGCAGUUCAAAAACACUUGUAUCUAGCUCCAAGGAAUCCCAUACCCUCUUCCAUGGUUAUAGGCAGACACACACACACACAUUUUUUUUUUUUUUUCAUUUUAAGGCACAACUGGAUAAAGUAUUGGCUCUUUGGGAAAAUGCUGUCUUGAGAAUCUUGAAUGUUGAUAAGAAAGGAAUUGUGUGAAAUCCCUUAAAUAAAAACUUAGUGGCUGGCCCGGA